AUGAGCGAGCCAACAACACCAAAACUCCCACGCAGCCGGGGCACGUUUCUGCUGCUUCAGGACGAGCCACCUCUUGCGCCCAUUGGCCAUGGGGCACUCGCGUCGCUGAUCCGGCAUCGCGGCCGGGAAGAAGAAGAGAUCCUCGGGGCAGAUGGUCUCGAGGACGAGUCUUCGCGUCGCGAUGAACGUCGUCUCAGCGCCAUCCUCAACAGCUCCAACGUCCGCAGCAUGCGCCUGAUCGGAAGCAGCAACCCGCGCUACUGUUGGGAGCGGUACUGGAAGACUGACGACGAGUUGGGUGCUAUGCCCAAACACAUUCGCAAUUACCAUGAACGAAUCAACUACCUGGUCCAGCAGUACCUGUAUAUUGACAGGCUGCUCGACUCCUCGCUGCCCCACGAUCUGCUCAACGAAUACAACAACAUGCCGGCCUCAGCCUUCCGUGGUGUCGAGGUCCCGGCCACCAUCAUGGAGGCCUCCUCCGCUCUCUCGGCCGAACCCGCCCGCAAGGUCCUGCGGACUCCGCAGGCCAUCUACCGCCCGAUCGAGACCACACCGCUCUUCAUGGCCCGCGAUGGCACGUCAUAUGGAGGUGCUAUUUCUGAAGAUCCCGAGGACGACGGCAACGGUGGUGCCAACAGCAACGGCAAAGGCAGCAGCAGCAACAACCCCGACCUUGAAACGGGCCUCGCAAAGCCCGAGAUCCCGUGGCUCGAAGAUGACAUGGUUGACAGCGACGCCCCCAUCGUCACCCUCGCCAUCUAUGUCAACUUUGCCGCUAAUGCGAUCCUCCUAGCCGGAAAGGUCGCCGUGGUCGUCUCCGUCCCGUCCGUCUCUGUGCUCGCUAGCUUGGUCGACGCCAUGCUUGACUUUCUCUCUACCGUUAUCGUCUGGAUUACCACCUGGCUCAUCCGCAAGCAGGAUCAGUACCGCUAUCCCGUCGGGAGACGCCGUCUUGAGCCGUUGGGUGUGCUAGUGUUCUCCGUCAUCAUGAUCACGUCGUUUGUGCAGGUUGCUCUCGAGGCGAUAACUAGGCUUGCUUCACCCGACCGCGAGAUUAUUGAGUUGGGGAUUCCGGCCAUCUCUAUCAUGCUUGGCACCAUUGUGAUCAAGGGACUGUGUUGGCUCUGGUGCCGCAUGGUAAACAAUUCAAGCGUCCAGGCACUAGCUUCAGACGCAAGUACCGAUGUCAUUUUCAACGCCGGUUCCAUUGCGUUCCCCCUAAUCGGGUUCUACGCCAGAGUAUGGUGGCUAGAUGCCCUUGGCGGUCUUGCCCUCUCCUUGAUCGUCAUCUUCAACUGGUCUCAGACCUCUUUUGAGCACAUACGACAUCUUUCUGGUUUCUCAGCCACGGCCGAUCAAAGAAACAUCCUCCUCUAUCUGACUAUGCGCUUCGCCAAAACCAUCAAACAAAUCCAAGGUCUUCAAGCUUACCACGCCGGUGACAAGCUCAACGUCGAAGUCGACAUCGUCCUCGACGCUAGCACCCCUUUGAAAGAUAGCCAUGACUUGAGCGAGAGCCUCCAAUACGUCCUCGAAUCAGUCCCCAUUGUCGACAGAGCAUUUGUCCAUGUCGACUAUGCGACAUACAACUUACCGACACACAUGGAGCAACAAGCUAGCUAG